AUGGCCGCCACAGUUUAUGUCAACGGCCAGAUGGACGUCCGCCACCAGUCGUCCGGCCCAUCGCAUGGGCCUGAGCCCGGGUCACCGACCUUAACCAACCCGGAUUUGAUUCUGCCUGACUACGACAUGCCGGACUCGCCCCAAGGACUCUCGCAGUCCUCCCUGAGGAUCUGGGAGGACCCAAAUGCGGCUCGCAUGGACUUCCAGCUUCCGCCGCAGAACUUUGGCCAGCGAGCAAUCCCCAUAUCCACGCCAAUUAUCUAUGGAAACGGAACAAUGCUCUCAGACAUUGGAGAGGUCACCGAGGCGGAGAGUAAUGCGGGGGUAGGGUCAAGAAGGGCAUCUUCGCGGUAUUCGAUGCAAAUGGAUGAGAACGAGACAUAUGGAUCGGUUGGCGAAUUAACGGCCAAGGCUCAGCAAUGGAGGGCAAAAAUCGCAGCCCGUGAAAGGCGCGGCUCGAAUGCUUCCAUUAGCACGAUUACGACGCUGGGACCGUCUGGAAACCAAGCGUUUGAGGAGUUUGAUGAUUCAAUGAGUGUGGGCGACAGUAGCUUUCAAGGCGACGACGAAGAAAGCAUGGCAUCAUACUACGUUGAGGGCACAGCACCACAGGGUCGCCGAAUCGAGCAGAGGAUCACGAAUGACCCUGAUGAUAAAUAUUCUACGGCAUAUAUCAGUGACAGGGCUGAGCGCAUCCUAGCCAAUGCCAAGCGUAGAUUGACGGCAAUGGAAGGAAACUUGACUAGAGCCAGGACCUCCCUCGCCUAUUCUCCAGCUUCAGACAUCGAAUCGACGCCCUCACCAACGAUUGGACGACCGGUCUCAUUCAGGAAAGAUCAGCCGGCUCCCAACGCUCCUCACCACUCGAGGAUAAGAAGCGAAGAUGGAACACGCGAUCUCACUAAGCCCUCGCCCUUCCCCCGUAGAGCGGCGAGUGCGCUCGGCUCUUCAGGUGGAUAUCGCGAUCCCACGAAUCCCUCGAAACGAAACGAAACGACGCCUCGAUCAGAUGGGGCAACGCCGACAAUAUCUCACCAUCCUCUGGACACAUCACUGGAGAUUUUGAGUGAAGGUGAAGAUGUUCUUGAUGACAUUUCGGAAACCGACCCCACAAUGAACGAGGCCCGAGGCUCGGGGUAUUUGAGCCCUGCCUUGAGCACUUACUCUGAGAAAUCGCUGAAUCGCUCUGCCUCGGCUGCACAGAUGCGGGAUCUGCACGACCAGAUGCAGGACUUGAAGGGAAAGAUUUCAAGUCUGAGGGAGCAGGCGAGAGUGGAUAGCCUAAAGAGACGAAGUUUGCAGAGUCUACGAACCCCUAGCCCCUUCACGCAUGCGCGAUGGGAUCAUGGUCUGAUGGAGCCUCGAGAGAUUCGCGCUCUUCGCUCAGGCGAGGCCACUCCCCGGGCGUCUUGGAUCAACGAUGGCGACGGUGCCGAGACUCCACAGCCUCAGGAACACAUGCUAGAAAAAGAGGAAGCCCCAGCUGGUCUGGACAAGCCAACAAUUGAAACUGCCACGAAUGAGCAGGGUAAGGAGACGCCUACACAACAGUAUCGUGAGCCUUCACCUGAUGCAACGACCCCAACGCAAUACGUUGGACAGAAAGAUCAAGCCAUUGUCAGAAGUGAAGACGUCGAUGAUGUGCGAACAGAGAAUGGGGAUGAUAUUAAUGGAGAGGACGGUGGCUCAAUCAAGCUGGCUGCGGGCUUUGGUGACGCUCAUGAGACGGAGAGUCAGACUGAUCAUUCCGACUGGACAAGCGAGAGUGGUGACUCUUUGUAUGAAGAUGCUCCCCAGGUUCAGCUUUCACAUGAGGAUAGAGAAGAUGCCUUUGACUAUGAGCACUUCUUCCUGCACUCUGCAUUGGGAAGCAUCAGCCGGCGGGCUGAAGGUGAUGUGGCUUCCGAUGAGAGUGACUUCUCCGACAGCUCAGUCGAAACUACCCGAGGCCCAGUCAUAUCCGCAGCGUCCAGGAGGAGAAGGCUUAGCCUAGAAACGAUUUCGUCGGUGGAUACCUUUGCUACAGCCACAGAAGGUAGGGCAAGCCGAAGUUCCGCGUUCCAAAGCGCGGAUGAAGAUGAAUUUUACUUGGCUCACGAAGGGGGCGCCAAACGUGACAACCACGCAUCCCGUCAAUCAUCCCGCCAAUCAUCUCGGCAAUCAUCACGACAAUCGAAUCGGCACCGUCAGAACCCGGUGGUUUACCGACCUGCUAGUUCCGCCGCGCAGAGGAUGCACCGGCCUUCAACAUCAUCCUUUGAGUCGAUGGGGACGAGCCGUAGCUUUCCUCUGGUAGGCAGAGCGAAAUUGAACGGUGGUGUUUUGACACCUGGCGGAUCUCCUGAUCCUGCGCUGGUGCAGGUUUCUGAGUCUCUCAAGAGCGAGACCACAAGUAUUUGUGAUGGAGACAACGCAAAAGACCAGAGCUCGACAGCACAGCUGCAGAGUCUGGCCAAGGAGGACCAGAUCGCUGUCGAGAGAUUGGUGGCCAGUCUUGGCAAGUGUGUCCUGGCCUUGGGGGAGAGCUCACGGGCUGGAGCAGAAGCACGCAUGUAUAGGCGGAAAAUCGAUGCGGCCCGCCGGAUUCUGGAGGGACUCGAGGAACUGCCAUAA